AUGGCGGCCGUUUACAAGGACAUUACGGAGGAACAACGAGCAACUAACUCAUAUGCAAGGCUCGUUCCCGGUCAGACGAUAGUUGAGAUACCUGAAUACACCCUUGAGUGUGGUGAGACAUUGUAUAAUUUCCCCGUGGCGUACAAAACGUGGGGACGCUUGAACAAAGAGGGCAACAACACAUUGCUAAUAUGCCAUGCAUUAACUGGUUCAUCUGAUGUGCAGGAUUGGUGGGGUCCAUUAUUGGGCACGGGCAAGACUUUUGACCCAUCGCGGUUUUUCAUUGUAUGCGUCAACUUUUUAGGAUCGCCGUAUGGAUCUUGCUCGCCUGUCACGAUUGAUAAGUCGAUAGGUAAGCCAUAUGGACCCAAUUUCCCCUUGGUUACGGCCAAGGAUGACUUGGGUAUACAGAAACUAAUUUUGGACUCGUUACAAGUGAAGCAAAUUGCGUGUGUGAUUGGUGGCUCGAUGGGUGGUAUGUUGGCGAUGGAGUAUUCCAGCACAUACAACAAUUCCGACUAUGUGAGAACGGUGAUUGCUUUGGCUACGUCGGCUCGAGCUUCGGCCUGGUGUAUUUCAUGGAAUGAAACCCAGCGUCAAUGCAUUUUUAGUGAUCCAUAUUACGAUGAUGGAUAUUAUUAUGAGAAUGAACUGGGCUUGAAACCGGAUUCCGGGUUGAGUGCUGCAAGAAUGGCAGCUUUGCUUACUUAUAGGUCGCGAAAUUCAUUUGAAACUCGAUUUGGGAGGAAAUUGGGCAAGUCUAUAAGUAAUAAGGAUGAUAGUGGUGAUGAAGCAGGUAAAGUGUACCCAAAGACCAAAGAUGAAGAACACUGGCUUUUGCACAAUGAAGGUUCUCAGCUGACAAAUGGUCAAGAGACCAACAAGGACAAGAAAUUACCAACUUAUUUCACCGCCCAGUCGUACUUGCGAUAUCAGGGUCAAAAAUUCAUCAAACGGUUUGAUGCCAAUUGUUAUAUAUCAAUAACAAGGAAAUUGGAUACCCAUGAUAUAACUCGUGGAAUAGUCGAUACCGUCACCACUGAAGAUCCGUUGCCUCAAAUUUUGCAGAGUUUGAAAAAGCCCCAUUUGGUCAUAGGUAUUGAAUCGGAUGGAUUAUUUACUUAUGGAGAGCAGAAAUUAUUGGGCGAAAAUAUCCCAAAUUCGAUUUUGAAAAAGUUGGAUUCUCCUGAAGGGCAUGACGCCUUUUUACUCGAGUUUGAAAUUAUCAAUGAGUAUUGUUUGAACUUUUUGAAGAAGAAUUUACCAGAGUUGUAUGGUGAAGAUGUGGAGUUAUUUGAGGAUUGGGCUAAGUAUGUUCAAGAUGUUGAUAAUGGAGGAAAUUCGGUAUUUGGUGAGGCAGAAAAGAAUAUCACCAAUUGGUGA